GUCUGUCAGUCAGCACCACGCUAGCCCCCCCCCCCCUCCUUCUCCUCGCUUGGCAUCAUCCUGCUGUGUGCCCACUUUGUUCCAGCGGAGAGCGACUCGACAGCCUUCUGUUUGAAGUGAAUACAUUUCCAGUCAAAGCCGCCGGUUCGGCACGCAUUCUUUCUAGCUUUUGUUGUAUCUUUAUAUAUAUAUUCGUUGUUGGGUGUUUUUUUUACCUUCAGGAUGUAAUGGAGUGCUGUCUCGUUGUUGCUAGCUAGGCGCAAAAAUUCCUUCAACCAGCCUGCUGUUUCAAUCACUGCGGGCUGACACUACUUUAGCCGAGGCGCUGCUUAGUUAGUGAGCUAGCGGGCUAGCAGGGCAGCCUUCUGAGGCGUUACGUCUGAUUUGGCGAACGACAUAGCUGAUGUUGUUGGACUAACGUUUGAGGGACAGUGCUGGCAUCAGCUGUUGCGGGAUUGGAUGCCGCGAAACUGCAGAUUUGAACCACUUUGGGCGGAUUGUCAAGACCGUAGUGCCAGCCGAAAAGCUAUAAUUGGACAUCAAAGAGACACAAGGGGUUAAUUAUAGGCAGGUAGUGAGUGGCUAGUACGGUUAAUAUUUUUUGACAUUAGUCGUGUUUUGGGACGUGCAUCUACGGCAAAUCAGUGAGGCCCCACUGUCUGUGUGGUCUGAAUCGUCCGUGAUUUGCGGUGAACACACGGCGAAGGCGCAGUUCUUCUCGGCUGGGGGGGGACAACUUGACAGCGAGGCCCCUGGCUACACUCCCCUCCCCCCCCAGUGCGGUCCAUCCAUUCGUCCCGGCCCGAUUGACCACCUCCCCGCUUGCGCUCCAAAGCGAGGGUCGGGGAUUUUGGGGGAGACGCGGAAAACCGUGACGGAGUGUUUGUCGGGUCCCGUUCAAACCGGGCUGCCAUAAAAACCGGAGGGGAUGACUCUGGAGUCCAUGAUGGCUUGCUGCCUGAGUGAGGAAGCGAAGGAGUCGAAACGAAUCAAUGCAGAAAUUGACAAACAACUUCGUCGAGACAAGCGAGACUCCAGGAGAGAACUGAAAUUAUUACUGCUCGGUACGGGAGAAAGCGGGAAAAGCACCUUCAUCAAACAGAUGAGGAUCAUCCAUGGAGCCGGAUACUCAGACGAAGAUAAGAGGGGCUUCAUCCGGCUUGUUUACCAAAACAUCUUCACCUCCAUGCAGGCCAUGAUCCGGGCCACUGAGACCCUCAAAAUCCCAUACAAAUAUGAAGAGAACAGGGCCAACGCCAUGCUUGUGAAAGAGGUGGACAUCGAGAAGAUCAAUGGCUUUGAUCAGCACUACGUCGUAGCUAUUAAAAGUUUGUGGGCCGACCCGGGUAUCCAGGAGGCGUACGACCGUCGCAGAGAGUACCAGCUGUCUGACUCCACCAAAUAUUACCUUAAUGAUAUAGAUCGUCUGACUGCGGAGGGAUAUGUUCCCACCCAGCAGGAUGUGCUGAGGGUUCGUGUUCCCACCACGGGUAUCAUAGAAUACCCAUUUGACCUGGAGAACGUCAUCUUCAGGAUGGUGGAUGUGGGGGGCCAAAGGUCAGAGAGGAGGAAGUGGAUUCACUGCUUUGAGAACGUCACCUCCAUCAUGUUCCUCGUGGCGCUCAGCGAGUACGACCAGGUGCUGGUGGAGUCGGACAACGAGAACCGCAUGGAAGAAAGUAAGGCUCUGUUCAGGACUAUCAUAACCUACCCGUGGUUUCAAAACUCCUCGGUUAUCCUGUUCCUCAACAAGAAGGACCUCCUAGAGGAGAAGAUCUCCUACUCCCAUUUGGUUGAUUACUUUCCUGAAUUUGAUGGUCCCCAGAGAGAUCCCCAGGCAGCGCGGGAGUUCAUCCUCAAAAUGUUUGUGGACUUGAACCCAGACAGCGACAAGAUCAUCUACUCGCACUUCACCUGUGCCACGGACACUGAGAACAUCCGCUUCGUGUUUGCAGCUGUCAAAGACACCAUCCUACAGCUCAAUCUCAAAGAGUACAACCUGGUGUGAGGGCCCCCAUGCGAUGCACGCCACCUCCCCACUGCACAAACGCGCCACUCUUUGGGAAUGUGCUGUCGACUCUAUAUGCGUUACAUGGAACACCACUCCAGCUCACACCCAUACGCACACACACACGCAAACACACGCACACAUAGCUGUUGCUUUUUUUUUUCCUCUAUUCUCCCCCCAAUCCUAGUGAAGUAAGUUCACAGAUCCUCCCUCUCUCCACUCAUAUGUGAGCGUGCUCCCUCCUCCUUCACCAAAACCUCUUGCUCCUCCUCUUCGGCAGCUCCGCAUGUCGGCGUCUUCAGCCUCCAAACUACUGUCAGAUUUGGCUCUGACCUUUGGUAUAAUAGUGACUUGAAAGGCUUUUUUUUUUUAAACAGUUUCUUUCUUUGUGUGUGUGCGUGUGUGUGUGUGUAUGUAUAUUCGGGGUCAGCAAUGAUUAACGCGGAGCUGUGUUUGAAAUCGAAACCCUGCGACACGAGCUGUGAAGGAAGCAAAACGUUAAUUUAGCCAAUAAAUACCAACCGUGCUGAGGAAGAAGAGACUGGGGGGGGGGGCGCUCGUCUCUCACGCGCACACACACACAAAAAAAAGGGAUGGGGGGGGUGGGGGAGGUCAAGGAGUCCAUCUUUUCCUCGCAUCUUUGAAUGUACUCCCAACAUGAGCAUCGCUGUCGCAAAAAAACCCAACAACAAUGUACAUAACGAAGCAAAUGCAUAUGUAAACACUUCAAAAGCUGGAGGGGGGCGAGACAUGGCUAAUCAGAAUCUGUUCAUUGCGGAGAUUUUUUUUAAAUGUUUUUAAUGAUAAGAGUUUGUUGCUUCGUCUCAUUCUAUUAACGACGUUGACUAAAUAAGGUGGGUGAUUUAAAACGGUUCGGGGAAAAAAAGAGAAAAUCUUUCCAAAAAAACCCUAAAUAAGCAGCUCUAAAUUUACUUGAAGUUAGUACACUUCUAAGGUCUCAGUAGUUUUUAUAUUUUUGAGUUGAUCACACGCUUCCCUCCUCACUCCAAGUCAGUAACAAACACUAGCUGCAGGUUGAAGGGCCCUGCUUUGGACAGUCUGCGCUUUGAUAGGAGGAUGAGUGCAGCAUCCGCUGCUUAUUCAACAGGAAAGAAGCUGUAAAGUCAACACUGCUGAGGUGUGAGGAGAACAUCUCUGCUGUCAGACUGACGUCUCACAGUCGUCCAAUCAGACGCACUUCCUGAUCAGGAUCUGGUUUUUUGUUUUAUUGUCACUUUCGUUUGAAAUUUGCUGGCGAGUGUUGAGAGGAGGAGAGUAGUGAUGAGCCUUUUACAGGAAACACUAAAAUGUUUGUGUAUAUUUGUAAAUACAUAUGCACAAAACACUGUACAAAACACUUAGUUGAACGCCGUCUUUGGCAAAAAGAAGAAUCAUUAGAAUUUUGUUUUUUGAAUUUGAGUAUUAAUACUGUGAUUUUUGUUCACUUGAUUAAUAGGACUACACAGAGCAGGGGGGCGUGGAAAUGAACGAGCGUCCACGCCGCUGCAACACAUCUGCUGCCCAAGUAAAAUUUGAUCAGGGCAGAUCUGAAAAAGAAAUUUACUCGUAAAUCUUUUUUUUUUUUUGUAUUUAUAUAAUUUAUGGACCAGAUUUGAAGGUGUUGAUAAUCUGACUGCUUGUGAUUCUGUCAUGUUGAAGGGCUCCUUUUCUCAUGGCAGAGCCUACUUGAGUCUGAACUGCUGUAAAAAAAACAAAAAAGCUAAAAAAAAAAAAAGAAAAAAAAUCUGAAUGUCCGCUAUAGUAAGGAAUUUAUCUCUGCUUUCUAUUUCUUGGAGACAUUUCCAGUUGUACUAGCCAUCCUCACGUCUCAGUCCAUGAUAAAACUGUUUGGUUUCUUCGGAGCCCUCACACGUUUCUUUUUCAUUUCUUCUUUUGAGUUUUAGAUUCAGCGCUGUAAUACAUAUGUUAAAAAAUGUACAGUACAAACUUAGGUGGAUCUUUUUCUUUCUUUUUUUAAAUCCGUGAUUGAAGACCUCUUUGGUCCUUGCUUGCCAUUUGUAACUUGAUACACACAUAUAUAUACAAUGGAAAUGUUUUUUUUCUGCAUCGUUCAUUUUCCAGUUUUUUGGAUGCUUGUUUCGAAUAGUGCCAGUGAAGUGCAGAUAUACCUUUUUUGGUCUCUGACCUUUUCCACAGGUGACUUACCCUUCAUCUUCAUUAAGGGCUACCACAGUGCAUCUGUCAGCAGGGCGCGGAGCACAGGACCACAGUGAACCGAGUCAUCCACAAAUUCCUAUUUGUUCAUAAAUGGAGAUUAUUUGCAGUCUGAGAUAGGGGAAGCUUCGACAGAGUAGUGAGAGAAAUGCAAGCUGUUUUUCUGUGCGUCUAGAGUUAACCAACACUAAGCUGUUCUUUUAGUCAUUUUGCCCCUCUCGGAUAUGCACUACAUUUCAUUUUCAUCAGUAUCAGUGUUGCUUGUGAUACUCAAUGCAGUACUACAUUGCACAAUGACCAGUAUUGCAGGUUUUCCCCAAGUAUUUCAGUUGUAGGUGGUGGCCAAGUAAUUUGUUAAAUCCACGCUGGUGACUCCAUGUUUUAACCAUUAAAUAGCUUCUAUUGUAGCCACUGGUGUCAUUUUAAAGGCAGGAGUUGCAAGAAGUUGUGGGCUGCUGCAGCAGGGAGCUUUGCCGUCAACUUGUCUGCAAAGAAAAAAGAGUGACUCUGAACUCUUGCUGAGGAAGCUUUCUGUUGGAGAGUGCUGUACUAUAGAACUGAAUGCCAGUAUUGAAUAAAAGGCGAGUACGCAGACCCAAGUAUUUAUCAAAGCUGUAUUUGAAACGACUGUGUGUGAAGUGCAGCUCACUUUAAUGCAUUUUUUUGCUAACUUGACUACAAAGUCUGGCACAAACCGAUGGUCUGAGUGGCGUGUUGGCGGCGCGGGGUCACCCUUCGAUUUAUGGCAAAAUUCUUUAUUGGAACGUAGACGAGCUGGGAAUGCAGGAACGUGGCCUGUGAUGGACGUCCAGUCUCUUCCCUGUUUGAAACGCAAAGGCUGGGCAGCUUUUUUCCUGACAUCUCAUAUUUAUUGCCUUUUAUUGCCUUGAGUAAGGAAGGACAGCUUGACAUGUUGGAGGCUUUUUUUUUUUUUUUUUUUUAAAUAAAAACAACAUUUCUUAGGGCCCUUCUUGCUUGCUUUCGCUGUUUUGUUGAACCAAGUGGAAUCAAACUUAUCAUGUAGAAGUCAGUAUGGAGUUUGUGCACACUCAGCCUGAAACUUGUUCCCUCUUUGUAAUUCGUUUUUUUUCUCCUGUCUUGUAUGAUAAGAAAACAUUACCAGAACAUGUUUUUAGGACCACUUGAUUUAUUUUUUUCCUCUAUCAAAUGAAAGCCGAAGGUCAACUGUGUAGUGAUGUGUACAAAUUGUUUUUUUUUUUUUAAUUCUUUUUUUUUUUUUUUAAUUAUUGUUGUUAUAUUGUUUGUAAACCAAAAUGUAAAUGAUGUAUUAUACUGAGUGUGCCAACCCCACUCUCUAGAGCCUGGCUCUCUCCAAGUGCCAACGCUGUGGUCAUUAUCUGAAGGGCCAUCUCCUGAUGGGUUCCUCUUUUUAAAACACACUACAGACUAAAAACUAUAGAGAUGAUUAAGAACACAAAAAGACUUUAUUAUGUAUUUAAGAUUUAAAGAUGAUCUGCUUUUUUUUUUUUUUUUUUUAAGAAACUGUAAUUAACUGCAUGUGCUGUUUAUUUUGUGUCAGAAGUGAGGGCUUGUUUGUUUUCAUUGCAAGAGCUCUUGAUACAGGGGUUCAAUCAGUUAUCAAUUUAUUGAUUUACAUAACUAUUGCCAUAUUUUUUUUCUGUUUCAUGUAUUUGUUUGAACCACUGUUGCCUGAUCCUCAUUCAAACAUGAACAUGACGUAUGAUCAUUGCCGCCUUCUAAGAGAGAAACAUAAUGACAAGGUAUCUGUUUUAAAUUUAAAUAAAUUUGUUCCUAUACUUGCUGA